AGGAAUUUCUCCAUGUCUGUGAACAGCGUGGCGGUGCUGAGGCUGAUGGGAAAAGGAGGUGGAGCCGCUCCCGCUGGAGUCUCCCGGGGGAGGGGCAGUACCCGGAGCCGAGGCCGGGGCCGAGGCGAGAGCGGGUUUUACCAAAGAAGUCCGGAGGAGCCAGAAGGGGCGUUCGGGCGCGGGGCCCGGGAGAUCCACCGCAGCCAGAGCUGGGACGACCGGGGCGAGCGGCGGUUCGAGAAGCCGACCCGGCGGGACGGAACCCGGGCUCCCUUCGAGGAGGGAGCUCCAGUCCCCCGCAAGGACUACGCCCGCUCAGACAGCAACAACUGGCGGACGCUGCGGGAGGAGCAGGAGGAGGAGGAGGAGGGGGGCGGGGGCGCCGUCCCCACCGCCGCCGGGGCGGCCGCGGGGGGCAGCUGGCGGCUGAGUGGGGCCCGGCGCGAGAGUGAGCGCUGGCGGUCGGCCAGCCCAGAUGGCGCGCCCCGCUCGGCCGGCUGGCGGGAGCACCCCGAGGGCCGGCGCCGCAAGUUCGACUUCGACUUCCGGGAGCGGGAGGAGGAGCGGGGCGGGCGGCGGCACCGGGGCAGCGACAGCUUCGAGGAUGACAAGGACGGGCUGCCCGAGUGGUGCAUGGAUGACGAGGACGAGGAGAUGGGCACCUUCGACUCCUCUGGCGCCUUCAUGCCCCUCAAGAAGAGCCCCAAGGAGCCAAUCCCUGAGGAGCACGUGUUCGACUUCCAUCCGUUGCAGGAAGACGACGAGAGUUUGGAAGGGAAGGAGGACGCUGAGCCCGGCUCGAAGGAGGCCCCCGAGAAAGAGGCCUGGAAGGAUCCCUCGAUGACCCCGGAGGAGAAGCGAUGUUCCCUGCCCGGCGCCCCCUGGCUGUCGGGCCCCCCCUUUGCUGCUACUGUUGCCACUGCCACUAGUGAAUGUGAGAGCGCCCCCCUGGGGGGCUCAGACCCCACCGUGCCCCUCGGCACCUGCGACAAGGAGCCGAAGCCUGCUGCGGAAGGGGACCCAGGCAUCCUGGGCCUCCCGUCGCAGCUCAGCACGGGCGCGGUCUCCACCCUCUCCUCCCCUUCCUCCACCACCAAUGCUGCUACUGAGUUUUCCAUCGGAGACACCGAGGACGACGACGGGAUGAAACAUCUUCAGCAGGGCCCAUGA